AUGAGCGGACAAGACGCCGCCGAAGCUUCUCUUGCUCCCUCAGGGAGUCGUGGGCCUGCUUCCGACAACUACGAUCCGAACGUACCUCAGCGUCAGAGCAUGCGCCCGCCUCCCCUUCCUACCUCCAGGGCUCCACAACCUCCCACCAGCACAUACAGCAGUGACGCUCGUUCGCCUUAUUCCGCAUCCCCACAGCUUCCUGGAUUGAGACAGUUCACCAGGGACACUUCUGAUCGUGAGAGACUGGACGACAACCACCGUGCUCACCCGUCCUCGGACCGCUCGAGUGAUUCCUCCUACGGCACUUACUUGCAGCCAGCUCAACAACAGUUCCGCAGUCCCGCUCCCUACCACCGUGACGAUCGCACUUCGGCCUCAGCCAGCCCUCGUCCUCCGCCUGGGCGCAGUAUUCCGUCCUCGUCCACCGCGAGCAGCGAAGCAAUGUCUCUUCACGAACUGCGCACUUCGCCUUCGGCUCCUCCGCCCGUUCUGUCGGGUCUUCCGCGUCAUUCGACAGAGAACAGAACGUACAGGCUCAUCAUUCGUCAGCAGCCGCAGCAAGGCCGACUGUGCGGACUCGGCAGUAAAGACAAACGGCCCUUGGACCCUCUGCCCAUCCUUCAGCUGCGCAUCCUCAAGCCGGACGGCACCGAAGACGAAGACGCCGAGAACAGCCCCAACCUGAUCCUCCAAGUCACCCUGCACAGAGAAGAUCCACUCACCGGCACGCACACGGAAGCCGUCUUAGUUGACACAAACGACAUCGCCUACCCGAUGACGCGCAUGCUCGAAGGUCGACUCGUGGCAUCAGCCAACGUCGCUCGCGACCUCGACGGCUCGCGCGCCUGCUUCUUCGUCUUUACCGACCUCAGCAUCCGACAGGAAGGGCAGUUCAGGUUGGCGUUCAAGCUGCUCGCCCUCGCACCACCCGGCGGUGGAGUCCUAGCGGAAGCCCUGACGGAACCGUUCACCAUCUACAGCCCGCGCCGCUUCCCAGGAAUGACUGAGUCGACCGAGCUCGCUAAGCUUCUCGCCAAACAGGGAAUCCAGGUGCCGCUCCGAAACGACGUGCGCAGAGGGCGACAGGACCAGUCCGAUGUCAACGAUGAUCUGGCGCGAGAUUGA